AUGCAGACUCGAUCUGCUACGCGCCAGGCUAUUGCUUUAGCCUCCUUUGAUGGUGAACAUGUCAAGACAGACUUGCUACAGAAUGCGACUUCCAGUGUUCCUCAUGGCGCUGACGUCACCGAUCAACGCCCCCCUCGACAGGCUACACCAGACACUACCAAGUCGAAUGAUGAAGGAAGAAGUCAACAUAACAGUCCACACCGGAUCGUGCGCAUCAAACUGAUUUCGGGAACCUCAAGAACUUCUCAGCAACUACCAAUCUCCCCUCCAACAGAACUGGACAAAGUGCCACAGGAGUCUGCGACUGUUCCUCAAGGCAUAGAUGACCCAAUUAAACAGAAAGACGCCAGUGAUCUCACAGGCCUCGAGCUAUCUACCACGGACAGAGAAGCAACGGAAGAAGCACAAAAUGAUCCUACCAAAGGUAAUUGGGAAAUUCUGCCGCACAAUCUUGGUCGAGUUUGGCGACCAACUAUAACAGCCGACACGGUGACAACAAUCAUUGACACAGGCUCUCUUGAUGAGAACAGCGCAUCUGAUGGCCAUGCACGCGAGAACCAGUAUCAGAAGUCCCAGCCCCAGAACAGAUAUGGCUUAAGAGCAAAAAGGCCUAUCUCAUAUGCAACUACCCAGCAAGAGAACAAUCAGUGUGAAGACGCAAACAAUGAUUUGAAGGAGACUGGUGUUGCAAAAGCUCCAAAGAAAAAGCGACGCAUAUCAGUUGAGGACGAUUCAGAGGACGAUGACAAUAAUGAUAAAAGCUUGAAUGAGAAAAAGCCGCGAAGAAAGGCUCGAAGGACCAAAGAAAAUCCCUAUGGUCUCACACCGGGUGAAACUCCUUAUCCAGAAUGGACUUCUCCCUCAGCAGAUCAAUGCAAGCAAGUCUAUGACAUUCUUGCCAGCAUACACGACAAGGUGUCAACUCUACCGCCAAAAAAGAUCCCUGCUCCGUCCCUAGAGGUCGCUGGCUGUGGUGAGGUACCGUGCAUCCUCGACGGACUUGUACGAACCGUUCUCAGUGGUUCGACGACAUUUGAGUCAGCUGAUGGAAUGUUGCGAAAGCUUGUUGAGAGGUUCGGCGUCCUCAAAGACGGUAUUGGCAAAGGAAGCGUCAACUGGAACAAUGUCAGACUUGCUGAAUUUGACGAUGUCUAUCAGCAACUCAAGAACGGCGGGCUCGGCAAAAUCAAAGCAAAGCACAUCCAAGGAAUCUUGGCCAUGGUGCAUGAUGAGAACAUGGCACGUCGAGCAGCUUACUUGACGGAGAAAGAAACUGGCAUCAAGGCUGAUGUGGCAGGAGCAGCAGACAAGACGGAUGGACAGAAAAGACUGGAGAUAAUGAAAGCUGACCAGGAAAUGCUCUCAUUGGAUCAUUUGCAUGACUUGGACACUAACGAAGUGAUGAAGCACUUUGUGCGAUACCCUGGAGUUGGGGUGAAGACUGCGGCAUGUGUCACACUAUUCUGUCUUCAACGGCCAUGCUUUGCCGUCGACACACAUGUGUUCCGCAUGUCUAGAUGGCUGGGCUGGGUUCCUCAAAAUACGAACGAGGACGACACUUUUAGCCAUUUAGAAGUGCGCUGCCCUGAUGAGCUCAAAUACGGCCUGCAUCAACUGUUCAUCCAACAUGGCAAAGACUGCUACCGAUGCAACGACAAGAGUUUCAUGGGUACGGAGGCCUGGGAAAAGGCCGAGUGUCCGCUGGAGCACUUGCUCAAUCGGUUCACCAAACGCAACACCAAAGCUAAAGAGGCCACGAAACAAGAGAAGAGCCUGGUCAAGAAAGACACUGCACAAGACGAUUCUCAGGCAUAUGUGAGGCUAGGUACUUCCGUAUCUGACAACAAUGCGCAGUCCGCAGAAGACGACGGUGACCCUGGUAGUGACGACUAUGAUAGCGAUGAGUCAUCAAUUCUGUCCGAGCUUGAUGAAGCAGACAUAGACGUGGAGAUGUUUGAAAAAAUGUAUGCCAAGAAUUAG